CCUCCCGCCGGAGCGCAGCUCACCGGUGCCGGCGCUGUUGUCCGCUACUCUCGGUGUCGCCAUGGCUCAGCUGCCCCCGGACGUGAUCGAGGACGACUGUCUCCCCGAGUACCGCCACCUCUUCAGCCCCGAUCUGCUCCGGGACAAAGUGGCCUUCAUCACAGGUGGGGGCUCUGGCAUCGGCUUCCGCAUCACUGAGAUUUUCAUGCGGCACGGCUGCCACACGGUCAUCGCCAGCAGGAGCCUUCCAAGAGUGACAGCGGCUGCCCAGAAGCUGACUGCUGCCACGGGCCAGCGAUGCCUCCCACUAUCAAUGGAUGUCCGAAACCCAGCAGCUGUAACAACCGCCGUGGACCAGGCCCUGAAAGAAUUUGGGAAAAUUGAUAUUCUGGUCAACUCUGCUGCUGGGAACUUCCUGUGCCCUGCCAGUGCCUUGUCCUUCAAUGCCUUCAAGACUGUGCUGGACAUCGACACCCUGGGCACCUUCAAUGUGUCUCGUGUGGUCUAUGAGAAGUGCUUCCGGGACAAUGGAGGGGUGAUCGUGAAUAUCACUGCCACCCUGGGUACCCGGGGACAGGUGUUGCAGGUGCAUGCGGGCUCUGCCAAGGCAGCUGUGGAUGCAAUGACCCGGCACUUGGCUGUGGAGUGGGGACCCCAGAACAUCCGCGUCAACAGCCUGGCUCCUGGCCCCAUUGGGGGCACUGAGGGCAUCCGGCGGCUGGCUGGUCCCCUGGCCAACAUGCAGCUGAAGGCCCACGCCAGUCCCCUACAAAGACUGGGGAACAAGACGGAGGUAGCCCACUGUGCCCUCUUCCUGGCCAGCCCAUUGGCUUCCUUUGUGACGGGCACCAUGCUGGUGGUGGACGGCGGCUCCUGGCUCACCUUUGCCAACGACAUUGGCUACCUGGAACGCUUAUCUGCUAAGCUCUAGGCUGGGAGUAGCAGAUGGAACCACAUGCUACACACAGCAGGCCAUAUCUGCUGCCCUGGAAACCAGCUGCGUUACAGCCCUCGCCCGCACACCCACACCAGUUGGUCUCACAGGGGGCUGGCUCACUCGGCUCAGCAUGUGGAGGACCCAUGUCUGAUCCUCGCAUCUUGUCCCCCAAGCACUGAGCCAAGCGUAUCCCCUGAGCGCUGUUGAUUGUGGUCCAAUAAACAAAAAUAACAAAUACAAAA